GGUUAUAAAACUCCAGACGAUGGUCCCUCUGAAUACCAAACCAUUCCACUUAGUAAGAUUGAAGAUUUUGGUGUUCAUUGUAAACAGUAUGUUGUGAAUCGCGAUUAUUCGGCUGAACAAAUUGCAGAUCUUGCGGAAAAACUGGAUCAAGCUGAAACACAAUUGCAGCAGAGUGGCAGAGUAUCCAGUUUUCCUGGUGGUAUGGGAGGAAGUCGUAGUAGUGUUACCUCAUCACAAUCCGUUGGAGGUUCAUCCGCAGGUGGUGCAACAGCAACAGCACCUCCACCUGAAAAGAAAAGAGUGGAAGAAAGCCCACUCA